UAAUUAUUACCAAGUAGAAUAGGAGUAAAGUAGUAUUAGUAUAAUGGAUGUUGAAAAUGAGAGCGUAGGAACUUACAUGUCAAAGGAGUCUUCCUUCGGAAAAGCAUUGGCUUCUUCAACAUUCAGUGCACCAGAGCCAGUCCACGUUUUCAGCGAAUUCGGUGACGGAGAUUGCGGAGAGCCCCUGGAGGCACAUCAUCUUCGCUUAGACUUUACCCCCACGGACGACGACGAUGACAAUUCCCAAAAGAAAUGCUGCGAAUUCUGGAAGUACAUUGAAAGUAGAAGUGACUUAAUAGGCAUGAUGGUUCUGCCGGAAAAAGCAAAACCUACCCAGAGUACUGAUACUGACACAGUCUCCAUCCACAAACCAGCUAUGAAGGAGCACGUAUCAAAGCCAAAGACAGCCGUCUCAAUGCUUCAAAUAGUCGAAGAGAAAGGUUUAAUAGAUCGAGCUUUCGAAGCGAAGAUGCAACAAUCGCGAUGCACACUGGGUUCUCACGACUAUGAACUGAGCCCGAAUGCUAAACAAACAAAGUGCCCUUGUCCCUAUCCCUGCGUGAAGUACCCAAACGCUUCUACAUCUACCGCCCGUGCACUUUGUGAGGAACUGGGGGCUUGGGAUGUUAACCAUCCAAAGUAA